CCCUCCCUGGUCCACGUGGGUGCUGCAACUCCACCCCUGUUCAGUAUCCAUGUCUUUCAUCAUAAAUGUAGGACAAACUCAAUUAGAUGAUUGAGAACCAAGAGGCACUCUCUUUCCAUUGCCAUUUUCUCUUGGUUUCUCUGCAAGUUUUCAACAUUCAAAAUUCAAAUUUGCUCUAAAAGUUUCAAUCUUGAAGUGACUCAUCUGAGACUUUUCCAAAAUCAAGACAAUGCCAAGGUCAAGAGGAACGGAGAUGCCUCAAAAACAGUCUCCCCGAGCGCCCCUGCAUCUCAAGACAACCGUUUGCUCCGAGAACAACAGCACUCACCGGACCAAGCCCAGAUCCGAUGAUCGCCGUUCUCCGCGCAGCCCUCUCCAUGAGAAGAAGAGAGGGACAAAGGUGUCAGACCUUGAAACUAAACUGUCUAAUGCUGAGGAAGAGCUCAAAAAACUAAGGGAGCAGCUGGCUUCUGCUGAAGCUGAGAAAGAAUUGGCUCAAGUUCAACUCAAGGAAGCCAUGAAACAAGUUCAGUCAACUCCUGAGAAGUCUGUGAAUCAACACAAAGAGUUUGUUGAGGAGCAGAGUGAAGGAGAGAAUUUGAAUAUCUGUACAACUGAUGUAUUUGAGGUUGUUUCUGAAUCAUCUAUUCCUGCUGAGCUAGUUGGAGAAGUGCAAAAGGAGAAGGAGAAUCCAGACUUUGUGAAGGAUGAGGAGAUGAUGAAAACAGUUGUUGAAGAGGAUGAAAAAGUUGGUGAUCAUGAGAAACAAGAGUUGCUGGAAUUGAGGAACAAAUUGGCUGAGGCAGAAAAAAUUGUCGAGAAUUUGUCCAUGGAGAAUGAGAAUCUGAAAUUGCAGAUUACAGAAGUGGCAGCAGACGUAAAGGCUGCACAUGUUAAAGAGGAAGAACUGGGAGUGAAACUAAGUAGUAUGGGAGAAGAGCUGAAGGAAAUAAUAUCGAAAGCAGAGAAGUUGAAGGAACAACUAGAGACAACAGAGAAGGGAAAGUCAGCUUUGGAGGCGGAGAUGAGACGGCUUAAAAUACAGACAGAGCAAUGGCGCAAGGCAGCUGAGACCGCGGCUGCUGUUUUGGCCAAUGAUGAUGGAAUGAUGGUGGAAGUUAAUGGGAGAAGAGUUGCGGAACGGUGUGGAUCAAUGGAAAAACAUUUUGGAGGUUUUGUUGCGGCAAUGGAUUCUCCGGUGAUCACCGGAGAUGAUGAUGAGGCCUUUGCGGCAGGGAAGAGGAAGAGUAGUGGGAUGAAGAUGUUUGGAGACCUUUGGAAGAAGAAAGGCCAGAAUAAGUAGAGUUCAUUUCAAUUCCAUGAUCGAACUUGCUUCUGUCAUCAACCUUUUUUUUUGCAAUUUCUUGUUGCCUUUUGUUGUUUUGGUCAAAAGACUUUUCUUUGUUUUGUAAUGGUGUUGAAUGAAUUUACGUGCAGAUCUUGGUAUCUCUAUUUUGAUA